CCAAAGCUUGCAGCUAAGCUCGCAGAUCCCGAGAGCGGACCGAGAGCGACAGCGACACUGACUCAGGACCCCUGGCCUGCUUGAUUCGUCAAUCAUCUGUCCGCCUUUGCAGUGGUACAUCUGUGCGUUACUUCGCUCACUGAGUCAGCGUGAGUGUGCUGUGGAGGUCGCUGACCCUUUCUCCCCAUCGAUACGCCUCUUUACAGCGAGAAGAGUCAAGCAAACCUCCUCUAAGAAAGCAACACACGAGGGUGGCGGUAGUCUGAGGAGAGCGGCGCACAUCUCUUCUUUGCACUGCCCUGUCAGCCGUGUUUGAGAGUGGCGCCAUGGCAGCGGCGGCGUCAGUAGCAGCUUCAGCUUCAUCAUCUGCUGCUGCUGCGCCUCAGGCAGAGGUCAGUCGAAGCACAACAAACACACACUCAUCAAUGUGUCAGAGCAUCACUGAUUCAUACCUUUGUUCAUUUGGUCAUCCAAAUCGUCAGGCAAUGCCGUCCUCUUCGCCGUGCCGUUACAAAGAGGGCAGUCGUGUGCUGAUGGUGACCAACGGGCGGGAGAAGGGCAAGCAGAGGUGGGUCAAGGCCGACGUGUAUCGCAUCGAGGAGGGCAGUGGACGGACGGCGCUUCACUUGAGGGAGGUGGGCGGACACCGGGAGGAGUUCAAAGUGCUGGUGCCGCACAACGAGACCACGGCGCUGACGGACACUAACCAAAUGGCAACCGUGGUAGGCAAACACACCUCAACCAAAAGGGCCGUGGAUGGCACUUUGUGAUGCUUGGUGCUUUGGUGUGGGGUGUGAUGUGUGUGCAGGGGUGGGACGUUAGCAAGAAGGUACAGACGGCCACACACGACACACGACCGAUGUCAGCCACUCUCAUGCGGCCUCUCGUUGUCUUGUGUUUGGCUUCAGGUUCCUGCUGGUUUUGGGGACGACCUUGUGGCGUCGCUCUUCAGCUUCAUGACCCCUCGGGAGCUGUCGGCCAUCUUCCCACCCCCUCGCAGCACCGAAGCCGAAACGACCGUCCUCCCCAACAAGAGGCCUCGCAGACGGAAGCCGACACCCAGCAUACCGAAGUGGUAAGUGAGCAGAAGGACGAAGCGGAAGGAAUUGAAUGCCGAGAGCGAUGCACCCAUCUAUCCCUUCCCCUGUCGUUGUUUUCUUGUCAGCCGUCUUCCAUCCGUUGGCGGCCACGGCGGCACCCACUUCCCUCCCUCCCUCAUGGCAUCGUCUUCCGCCCUGCCCUCGACCACUGGCGGUCCGCUCUUUGCGGGCACCGCCUUCGGCCCCCUCAACAAGGGCGAGACCACAGCUGCGGCCAACGAGGACACCGCCGACGGGGUGCCGCCGGGUGCGCCAGCGGCUUCGUCUCUGUUUGGCGGCUUAUCUCUCUUUGGCCUAGCGACGGGAGGAGGGGGCCUGUGGAGUGCUGCCGCAGCUGCGUCAUCAGGCGGCGGCACCUCGUCGCUGUCCACAUUUGGCGCAGCCACACCCACACCCAGGCCAAGCACCGACGUCUUCAACGGCCUAAGUGACGCCCCUUCGCCCGCCGCGACCACCACCACCACCACCACAGCCCCAGUGGACCGCUUCAGUGGCAGCAUCUUCGCGCCUGCCAAAGCGCCAUCCACAGCACAGUCGACAGCCACACCCUUCAGCAAGCCAUUCGAGUUCGGCAAGGCAUCCACGGGGGGAGGUGGUGAUCUCUUUCAUGUUGGGGCGGCAGCGUCGGGAGGUGGCUCUCUCUUCGGCGAAGUCGGGUCGACGGGCAGCUGCACUGGCAGAGGGAGCCUGUCUGGCCAGGGCGGGGCUGCCACGGGGACGGGCGGCAUAUUCGGCGGCAGCAUCUCUGGCGGGACUGGUGAGUGACGAGGGGGCACCACAUGGCUGGCUGGAUGGAAGGAUGGAUGGAUGGAUCACCCGCAUGCUCCCUGUGGCUGCAUGUGUGUCCAUCGAUCAGGUGUGGCGGCGUCGUCUUCAUUCAGUGGACCGUCAUUGUCAGCUCGGGGCAGCAUGCUUGGCGGCCCGGCCUUCGGGCAGCAAUCAUCCUUCGGUGCCGCACAGAGCGGCCUCUCCCCCAUCCACACGGCAGCCCUUCAUCAGCAGACACACGUCGCCAUCGACUCUUCCACCGAGGACGACCGCCAGUUCUGGGACAGCAUGACCACUGAGGAGGCCUUCCAGCUCGGCAAGCGGCUCGUCAAUCUCACGGCCCUCACCCUCGUGCAGCCACACAGCGACCGGUGGUGGUGUCUGGGCAGCAUGAUAAGCGUCGUCGAGGGCCAUGCGGCCGGGCGUCGCGAGGCGCGCGACAAAGAGGGGCAGCACCAUAUGGCGGAGGGAUCGCUGGAGACCAUCGACUUCACCACCACCAGCACCAGCCCCAGCACCACCAGCAGCCCCAGCCCCAGCAUCACCGGCAAUGUGAACCAGCACCGUCCCCCGAUCCCCCCUUCAUUUGCCCCACCACCGACCCUCCAUGCCCGCAAGGCCGUCACAGGAGCCGUCCAACAGCACAGUGUGCUGGUCAACACUCGCUGGAAGAUGCCGGCACUCGAGAGUGUGGAUCAGGACGGGUGGGAUGCCAUCACGUUGGGCCGAUCCAUCAGCUCGUCUCAGUCGCUGAAACGAGUGGAGGGGUGUCGGCGGUCAUGGGGGCGGUGGGCUGAUUUGUUUGAGCACUUCUCCGAGACACCUGACGGCCAGCCAGGGCCGCUCAGGCAGCUGCAGACCGUCGGAGGUAUCGCAUUGUCCUGCAGGCCGACGAGUCGGAGUCAAAUAGAGGCGUACCUGGAGGGAGUGAGGCGACUGCAGGUAGGCAACCAUCACUCAGGGGAGGCCUCACCUGCGUGCACACACACACGAAUGGUGUCCUUCUCUGUUUGUGUCUUUCUAGGAUGUGCUCACGUCGCGUGGCUGCCGCAAGUCGCUCACAAGCCUCGACGUAGAGAUCCCAUCAUUCGCGGGCCAACACAGCCUCUCUGCCCUGCUGGCUGUCGAUGACUUCAUCAACACCUGCUGCACCUCGCCGGACGUGCCGCUUAGCGUGACGACUGGGGGAAACAUCUUCAACUUGGCCGUCUUCUACGCCGACGCAUUCCCUCCUCGCCCCUCGCCCUUCAUCAAGACGGCCAUUCAGGAGGCGGCACAGCAGACGAUGUGCGUGGCCUACACCAUCAGCCAGGACGACCUCACCCACCCCCUUGACGACCCCAGCCAGGCCGCCGUCGAGAUCGCAAAGACACUGUUAUUCGACAAGGUGAAGUGGGUGUCGGUCGACAAUGCCAAUGGCUUCGUCCCCCCUCCCGGCACCACCUCCCCAGCCCCCGCCAUCAUCAGCCACCUCCAGCAGCUCCCAACGGGGAGAAUACUACACAUCAGCAGCGGUCUGGGAGGCGGUGCGGGGCGACUGAUGGCAGAGAAGAUGCCCAGGGAGGUGGAGAGACGUGUGGAGAGGGUGCAGCUUGGCUCAGAUGUGGGCACAGAGGAGAGGAGCGGCGUGCUGAGAGCGCUGGGGGCGGAGAGGGAGGUGCUCACUGUCGAAGUUGGUAGACAGGCGAUCAGCGUCACUCAGGGCGGCGCCUUUGACGGCUGGGGGUCCAAUCGCUUCCCAGCGAUUCGCAACAUAUACAUGGAGUUAGCAGGUAUGCCGGGAGGGCAGUGAUUUGCAGGAAAGUGUUCGUCGGUUCAUCGUGUGUGUGUGUCUCAUCCGCCUUGUCUGUGUGUCUUUCAGUUCCCGAUGACCUGGAAGAUGAUGUUGCUGUCGAGCUCAUUAGCAGCGGCCUGACGUCUCUGCUCGACGGGGGCGUGCGCGGCCUCGAGUGUGUGAAAGUGUGGCUGUCGGGACUGUCUGGCGACCGUGUCGAAACCAUUCGUCAGCUGCUCCCAAGCGGUGUGGCGAUCGGCGACUUCUACGUCACCACACAGGAUGGAUGGUCGGCCUCGCACAUUAAAAUAAGGGCAACUCGUCGCCCUUAGAUGGAGGGUGAGCCGGACAGGCAGAGCGAUCGACGUCUGGCCUUGUCAGGACCCGUGUGUGUGUUGUGUGGUCAGACUGUCUGUGUGUCACACGAGCCACACAAGGAAGGCCAUUGGUGCGGGUACCUCUACAGGCACAUGGAUGGAUGGAUGAAUGCGUGUAUGUGUGUGUGUGUGUGUGGACUCAGUGUUUAUGCUGCGUGUCCAUCAAUUAAUACUCUCUCAC